AUGGCAAAUGAACUUUCUCGAAGUUCAAGCCAACGAUUCAUGAACAAUCCUCCAAAAAUUAUGCAAGUCGGAAAUUAUUUUGGCGAUGAUAAUAUAUCUUUACAUACUGGAGAGGAAUUCUCUACAGAGUUUCUCCGAGAUCGUUUUCUCCCAAGAAGAACAGCUAACGAACAUAAUCAUCAUACCAGUACCAGAGUAGGUUUUAACGAACAUAAUCAAAAUAGAAGAGAUUCUGAAAACAGGAUGGAUUCUAGGUUUAGUACUGACGCUAACAAUGAUCCAUCGAUGAAGAUCAAGUUAUUAUGUAGCUUUGGAGGGAGAAUAUUACCACGUCCAGGUGAUGGAAAACUGAGGUACGUAGGCGGUGAGAACAAAAUCAUAUCAAUAAAUGAAAACUCGAAUUUCAACGAACUAGUGAAGAAGACAUCUGCAAUGAGCAAUCAAAUUCAUAUCAUCAAGUACGAGCUUCCUGGCGAAGAUCUCGAUGCUCUUAUAUCAGUCUCUUCUGACGAGGAUCUUCAUCAUAUGAUGGAAGAAUGUUACGAUUUGGCAAGAGUAUCUCAACGGUUGAGGAUAUUCCUCAUCCCACCUAACGAAUCCGAAAAUCCAGGUUCUCUUGAUAGCGAUUCGCAAUUUGUUUAUGCUGUCAAUGGAAUACAUGAAACAGGUUCAUCAUGUCAAUCAUAUCAGUGGGGUAGCAGCAUGGAUUACAGCAAUAAUCCGGUUAUUCAAAGAGAAUCUUCUCAAUUUGCGACUUCUUAUCAAAUCCCACCUAAAGUUCAUAAUCAAUCUCCACCUCUAUCUCCAGUCACACUUAGAAAUCAAGAGCCCAAAACAUCCAACUAUUAUAUGGACCAACUUUCGUAUGGAGAAUCUUAUUAUACAGAUCCCAUCAGUAACCACUAUCAUAAACCAUUAGAACCCGACCUAUCCCAUGAAUCACGUUUCCAUAACCCUAACCUUAAAAGGGAAUCCACUUCAUCUGCUCCACAUUCCACCAGAAUCCCUCAUGCACAUUCCGACUCACAUCUGCAAUUCGACGAGAGAGAUAUUGUCCAACUAAGUAACAACAUGAUUCCUAAACAUCAAUCAAAUUUUGUGACGUCAACUUCAGGAGCUCCAGUUUUAAGGACAUCUGGCCACAAUAAGGAAGAAAUAAACUGGGGUCUAGAUGAAAGACUAUUUCUGCAAGACCCGGGUGGACAAAUGCCUGUUUCCUUCGAUCCUGCUGCACAUGAUCUAGGAGAGCACCAUAAUGAAUAUUUUUUCCAAUUUGAUGGCCAAAGAGUUACCAAAGAAGACAGUCAUAGAGAACUUGACUCCCACCAAAAGAACCCUUUUACUGAUGAGCAUACAAGUGAAAAUGAUUAUCACCAUAAUGGGAAUCCGUUCGAAAGUCCUACCAGCCAUUGUGGUGGAAACUUGGAAUUCAGAGUAGAUUAUUUUGAGUCAUCAACAUCUGGAGAUGAGAAUGUAGUCUCCUUAAGAUCCUCAGAUAACCUUCCCAAUAGAUCAAGUAUGCAGGAACCCAUGCUUAUAGUUGAAGAUGUCACAGGCCAUGUACCUGCAGAUAUCCCGUCUUCAUCCUCAGUUAUUCCACUUGUACAAGUUCAGUCUUUAGAAGAAAAUAAAUGUUCAAGAAUAACUGAUACAGAUAGCUUUUAUGAAUAUGACCUUCAGUUUAUUCGAGGUGGGGAUUCUGUACAAGAUGCAUCUACCAGUGAUGCUGCUGUAGCUGAAAUGGAAGCAGGAGUCUAUGGUUUGCAGAUCAUAAAGUAUGCUGAUGUUGAGGAGUUGCAAGAGUUGGGAUCUGGUACAUUUGGGACAGUAUAUCAUGGUAAAUGGAGGGGCACAGAUGUUGCCAUCAAGAAAAUCAAGAAAAGUUGUUUCUCUGGAAGUUUAGCAGAGCAAGAGAAGAUGACGAAAGAUUUCUGGAGGGAAGCUCAUAUUCUUUCCAAGCUACACCAUCCAAAUGUGGUAGCAUUCUAUGGUGUGGUUCCUGAUGGGCCUGGAGGUACACUAGCUACUGUAACUGAAUAUAUGUUUAGUGGAUCGUUGCGAAAUGUCCUUAUGAGGAAACAUCGAAUACUGGAUAAGCGUAAAAAGCUUCUGAUUGCAAUGGAUGCUGCUUUUGGCAUGGAAUACUUGCAUAUGAAAAGUAUCGUUCACUUCGAUCUGAAAUGUGAAAAUCUACUUGUCAAUUUGGGUGAUCAUCAAAGACCCAUUUGCAAGGUUGGUGACUUUGGAUUAUCAAGAAUUAAAAGAAACACACUCGUGUCUGGUGGUGUUCGUGGAACCCUACCUUGGAUGGCUCCAGAGCUACUCGAUGGAAACAGCAACCGGGUAUCCGAGAAGGUAGAUGUGUAUUCAUUUGGCAUCACAAUGUGGGAGAUCUUGACUGGGGAAGAACCAUAUGCAAAUAUGCAUUGUGGUGUUAUCAUAGGUGGGAUCGUGAGUAACACACUUCGACCUCGGAUUCCAGAGGAGUGUGAUCCAGAAUGGAAAGAGCUGAUUGAGAAAUGUUGGUCGCCAAAUCCAGCCACAAGGCCUUCUUUCACACAAGUAGCAAAUCGGUUGCGGUUAAUGUCAAUUGCCCUCCAACCAACAAAGCAUGUGUAAGUUCUCUAAACAU